UAAAAUGAAAUCUCUCACCCGUUCUUUCCUGUUCUCUGUGUCGGUCUUCGUUUCACUUUACUUUCUCCAGAUCCGAUGUAACCAAAAGAAACAUCCCCCCAAACCCCAAAUUUAAGCCGAAUUGAUAGUUAUUAUCAUCUCUCCCAAUUCAUACUUUUCUGAUUUAUGAAAUAAGGAAAAAGUAGCCAUUUUUAUCUUUUUCUUCCUUCUCCUCUUGCUUCCUCAUUUCCCAAAUUUCCAACCUCUACCACUUUGCAUUUUCAAUUCCCAAACCCUAUAGGAGAAGGGGAGGGGGAUGGCGACAAGAGGGAGUAGAUCAGAAAAGGUGAAGAAGAUUUUCCAGCAAUUCGACACCAACCGAGAUGGGGGUCUUAACAGAGAUGAAAUGGCAGCGUUAGUUGUCGCUGUUAACCCCAGAGUCAAGUUUAGCGACGAACAAAUUAACGCUAUUCUCGACGAAGUGUUUAGGACCUAUGGGGAGUUCAUCGACGAUGAGAAGGGGUUAACUUAUGACGGUUUGUUGAGAACAUACGAUGACGGAGCCGGUGACGUGGACCGUGACUUCGAUGCGCUGGGUCUGGAGCUCAAUUUUGACGUAAAAAAAGGUGCAUCAAUAGUGUCCGAAGCAUCAUCGUCAUCUAUUGUGGACGAGAGAGUAAUGGAGUCGCAGAAGAAGCAGCGGACUGCAGCCUGGGCAGUGUCGCCUCAUCACGGGAUAGUUUUCGAUGACACAUGGAAGCUCGUAGAUGAUUUGGAGAUUUUGCUGAAGAGAUUGAAAGCAAUGCAAGCAAAAGAUGGGAAGUUUAGAAGUGAUAAUUUUGAUGCUUAUUCAGAUGCUGGGUGGUCAAGGGAGUUGGGAGCCUCUGCAGAGCUUUCGGAGAAAAGGAUAUUUUGGGAAGAAUCGGGGCCUGACUAUGCUGUUUUUGUUAAAGAAUUGAGAGCUUUAAGGAGUAGAGCUGAUGGUGCAAGGUCAAGAGAAGAAGCAUUUGAUGGACAAAUGGCAAUUGGUAGGGUUUUAUAUGAAUAUCAGUUGUUUAAAGAAGCUUUGAUAUGUUUCAAGAGAUCUUGUGAAUUGCAGCCAACGGAUGUAAGGCCACAUUUUAGAGCUGGGAAUUGUUUGUAUGUGCUAGGGAAGUAUAAAGAAGCUAAAGAAGAGUUUCGGUUGGCUUUGGAAUCAGCAGAGGCUGGUGGGAAUCAAUGGCGUUACUUGUUUCCUCAAAUUUAUGUCAAUCUUGGGAUUGCUCUUGAAGGAGAAGGUAUGGUUUUAAGUGCUUGUGAGUAUUAUAGAGAGGCUGCAAUUCUUUGUCCUACUCAUUAUAGAGCUUUGAAACUUUUGGGUAGUGCUCUUUUCGGUGUAGGCGAAUAUAGGGCAGCUGUUAAGGCUUUAGAAGAAGCUAUAUUUAUGAAACCAGAUUAUUCUGAUGCACAUUGUGAUUUAGCAUCAGCUUUGCAUGGUAUGGGUGAGGAUGAGAGGGCAAUUGAGGUUUUCCAGAAAGCUAUUGAUUUGAAACCAGGUCAUGUUGACGCUUUAUACAAUCUAGGUGGACUUUAUAUGGACUUGGGUAGGUUUCAGAGAGCUUCUGAGAUGUAUACUAGGGUUUUAGCUGUGUGGCCGAAUCAUUGGCGGGCGCAGCUCAAUAAGGCUGUAUCCUUGUUGGGGGCUGGAGAAACUGAAGAAGCUAAGAAAGCUUUGAAGGAGGCUCUGAAAAUGACAAAUAGGGUUGAAUUACAUGAUGCCAUAUGCCACCUGAAGCAGCUACAAAAGAAGAAAGUCAAGGCUAAUGGUGGUACCAAUGGGGAGGCGGCUUUUGUUAUAGUGGAUCCUUCAAAAUUCAAGACAGUGGGUGAGAAGACUACAUUGAGGCAAGAUUUAGGAAAUGCUCUUCAGAUUAGGGCUUUCCAGAGAAUCACAAGAUUGAAUCAUUGUGAAGUGGAUCUUUUGAAGAAAGAAAUGAACGAGACUGAUGUACCAGUAUCCUACUCUGGUAGUGGUGGUCCUCAGAAAUCCAUACGCAAGCCCAAUUUGGAAGAAAUUCUAUGCAAAUUUCUUGAUUUUCUAAAACCGGAGACCUUCCAAGGAGCUGUCAAAGCGAUAAAUGAGAAAGUCCUCUCAGUCUUGGAUGAAACAGGAUCAGGUAGGGUGGACUUGGGCAUGUUUUAUGCUGUUCUUGCGCCCAUUUGUAAUGGACCUCCAGAUAAGCGAAAAAGGAUUGCCUUUGAUGCACUCUUAUGGCGGUCAGUAAAUGAAGGCCAUUCUCAGAUUAGAAAGGUAGAUGUAGUUCAGUACAUCAAAUUGUUAAGGGCUAUAUUUAUUCCUUCCCAUGGGGUUAGUGAAAUGCUGGAAGUUCAUGGAGAAACAGAUACCUCAAUGGUAUCUUUCAGCGAGUUCCUUGUCAUGUUCAAUGAUCCUGAUUGGGGCUUUGGUAUCUUAUCCACUCUCUUGAAGUUAGAAAUUGGAGAUAGGAAUCGUCAUGGGAACCAUGUUUGCUCAGUUUGUUAUUACCCAAUUAUCGGUUCUCGCUUUAUGGAAGUGAAGUCUCAUUUUAGUCUCUGUAAUCAAUGCUACAGUGACGGAAAGGUUCCCCCCUACUUUAAACAGGAUGAAUAUAAACUCAAAGAAUACGGAAAGGAAGCUGAAGCAAUGAAAGACAAGUGCAUGUGCUUUAAUUUGUAAUCCCUCAAAGAUUCUUAGGCAGUUAGUUUAGUGUCCUAUCUCCUAGGCUGAUCUUGUACCAUUCCAUCGUAUCAUUUUUAGUAAUCCAAUAUGCUUUAUGCAUUAUACAGUUCAUCAAUAUGUUUAGUUGCCAGUGGGCGUCACGCUCGUGUAAUAAACCAUUUUCAAGUGAUGGCUCUUAAAUAUCCCUGUUUCAUAAU